AUGCUCGCAGCCCUCAUCGCGAGCGUCAUCCCGCUCUACCUGGCCUGGUCCGCGCUGUCGCUCUACAACAAUGUCCGCCUCGCGAAAGCGUCGGGCUUGCGGGUGCACGUCAGCCCGAUCAGCACGCGCAACCCACUGUGGAUGCUGUUCCAGCCCGCGCUCGUUGCCAUCCUGGAGCGGCUGGGCGUCGACACGGACGAGUGGCUCAAGCUGACCAAGCGCAGCUGGAACUUCCACGACCGCUACCGCAUGCACCAGCGCUACGGCAAGGUCUUCGCCCACGCCACGCCGUCUGAUAUCGAGGUGUUCGUGGCCGAUGCGGCGGCGAGCGACGAGCUGCUGGCGCGGAAGAGGGAUUUCCUCAAGCCCAUGCACAUGGUCCAAAUAAUCGACGUUUACGGCCCUAGCGUCGCGUCGACGGACGGCGCGGAUUGGUCGCGCCACCGCCGCAUCACGGCCACGCCCUUCAACGAGCGCAACAAUCGCAUCGUCUGGGGAGAGUCCCUCCGGCAGACGGCGCAGCUGCUGGCCUACUUUGAGCGCGGCGUCGGCACCGACGAUGGAUCCACUGGCAUGCUGGCUGAGGACUCGAUGACGCUGACGCUGAACAUCCUGACUGCCGCCGGAUUGGGCUUCUCGUGUGACUUCCGCGGAGCCGAGAAGAAGGUAAAGAAGGAUGUAUCAGAAGAUGAGGAAAAAGCUGAACGAGAUGCCGUCUCACCUGGCUACCGCGACUGCCUGGCGGCGGUGCUCGAGGACUUUCUUCCCAUGGGACUACUUCCAAAAAUGGUCUGGUCCCUCCCUCAGUGGCUGAUGCCGAAGGUGCUGCAAGAGUACGAUCUGCACAAGCAGACGCUGAAGCGCUUCAUGGUCGAGAUGGUCGAGAAGACGCGGUACGAGGGCUCCGAGCAUGCGAACUUGCUCAGCGUCCUGGUGCAGAAGAACGAAGAGGCCCGCCAACAAAAAGAGGCUUUAUCCGGUAGCACCAAGGGCCUUUCGGACGACGAGCUGUACGGCAACGUCUUCAUCUACAGCUUCGCCGGCCACGAGACGACCGCCCACGCCGUCUGCUACGCCAUGUACCUGCUGGCCGCGUACCCGGAGGUGCAGGACUGGGUUGCUGAGGAGGCGCAAUCCGUGCUCGGCACCGCUGAGCUUGAGCAUCUGUCUUACGAUGAGAUAUUCCCCCGGCUGAAGCGCGCCCUCGGCGUCAUGUACGAAACCCUCCGCCUCUACCCCCCGGUCCUCUCCAUCCCCAAAACCACCGGCCCCACCCCACAGCUCCUCACCGUCCCUUCUGCCAACAACCUCACCGCCACCAUCCCCGCCCACGCCUGCGUCUUCCCCAACGUCGUCGCCCUGCAAUCCGACCCGGACUACUGGGGCCCCGAUUCGCUCCUGUGGAAUCCUGCGCGCUGGAUCGAGAAGAAGCGCAAUAGCGACCACGAGCAGCAAGGAGAAGAGGAAGACGAGGAGUCAGUCAAGCCACCCCCCGUCAAGGGCAGCUUCAUCCCCUGGGCCGACGGCCCGCGCGUGUGCCCGGGCAAGAAGUUCUCGCAGGUCGAGUUCGUGGCCGUCGUCGCCGCCGUGCUGCGCGCGCACCGCGUCGAGGUGGUGCCGCAGCCGGGGGGAGAGAGUUGCGAGGAGGCGAGGAAGCGGAUUCUCGAGGUGGUGGAGGAUACGUCGUACGGGGCGACGCUGUUUAUGAGGAAUCCGGAGAAGGUUAGGGUGAGGAUUGUGAGGAGGUGA